CCCGGGCCGGGUUGACGUCACGCGGGAGAUGGAUACCGGCUCGCGCAGGGGGGUGGGAGGCGGUUAAGCAAGACGAGAGCGAGAGCGAGAGCGAGCUCGAGCGCGAGCGACCGCCCGCCCGCCGCACAAAGAAAAACUUCGCCCUAAGUUUUUUUUUUUUUUUUUUUAGUUUUUUUUUUUUAAAUUGGUCAUUUUUUUUUAAAGCCAAAUAUAUAUAAAUCAUUUUUAACCCCUUUCCAAACAGGAGAGUGAAAAAAAAGGAACGUUUGUUACGGGAUUAUUUUAUUUUUUUUUUUUGUGAAACAACUCGCUGGGAUUGUAUAUAUCGCUGCCGAAUUGCUGAUCGGUAUUUUUCGGAUUGUGUAAAGAGAGAUUUAUUUUUUCGGUUUUUUUUUUUGACCCCCCCCCCCUAACUCUCCUUUCUUUCUCAUUCCCGAUCCACACACAGGCUGGGGGGGUGUCUGUCUGUGUAGGAUGGUACCGAUACUGGCAAAAAAAAUACCAGGGAAGCCAGCGCCAGAGGAGGACGGAGGGCGUCCUUUUGAAGUUUUGCUAACCCAACUCGCGAUUUGAAACUAUGGCAGCGGAAUAAUAACAAAAAAAAACAACAACUUGGCUUUUUAUUUUUUAAUUGAUUUUUUUUUUUAAUUGGGAUCUUUUAAACCCCCCCACCUCCUCUGGGCCCCCCUCUCCCGUCGAAACUGACCUCAAUCCAAGAUGGCUGCUUCGGUGAAGGUCGCGGUGAGGGUGCGACCUUUCAACUCUCGGGAGACCAACCGCGACGCCAAGUGUGUCAUCCAGAUGCAGGGCAGCUCCACCUGCAUCACCAACCCCAAACAACCCAAAGAGGGCCCCAAGAGCUUCACCUUCGAUUAUUCCUACUGGUCUCACACCACGGCGGAGGACCCUGACUUCGCGUCCCAGCAGCGGGUGUACAAGGACAUUGGGGAGGAGAUGCUGCUGCACGCCUUCGAGGGCUACAACGUGUGCAUCUUCGCCUACGGGCAGACCGGCGCGGGCAAGUCCUACACCAUGAUGGGCAGACAGGAGCCCGAGCAACAGGGCAUCAUCCCACAGCUCUGUGAGGAUCUCUUCAAGAGGAUUGUGGAGAAUAAGAGCACAGACCUGGCCUUCUCUGUGGAGGUGUCCUACAUGGAGAUUUACUGUGAGCGUGUGCGAGACCUCCUGAACCCCAAGAGUCGGGGUAACCUUCGAGUCCGAGAGCACCCCAUCAUGGGCCCCUACGUGGAGGACCUGUCCAAGCUGGCCGUCACCUCCUUCAGGGACAUCGCUGACCUCAUGGACUCUGGGAACAAGGCCAGGACGGUGGCCGCCACCAAUAUGAACGAGACGAGCAGCCGCUCGCACGCCGUGUUCACCAUCGUCUUCACGCAGAAACGCCACGACGAGAUGACCAGCCUGGACACGGAAAAGGUCAGCAAAGUGAGUCUGGUUGACCUGGCAGGAAGUGAACGGGCUGACUCUUCCGGGGCAAAGGGCGUGAGGUUAAAGGAAGGAGCCAACAUCAACAAGUCUCUGACCACCCUGGGGAAGGUUAUAUCUGCACUGGCUGAGAUGCAAAGCAGCAAGAAGAGGAAAUCGGACUUCAUUCCUUACAGGGACUCUGUGCUGACGUGGCUGCUCAAGGAAAACCUGGGUGGAAACUCGCGCACAGCGAUGAUUGCAGCUCUGAGUCCGGCCGACAUCAACUACGAAGAAACACUGAGCACUCUGAGGUACGCAGACCGUGCCAAGCAGAUCCGCUGCAACGCGGUGAUCAACGAGGAUCCGAACGCCAGACUCAUCCGGGAGCUGAAGGAGGAGGUGAACCGACUGAGAGAGCUGCUCUUCUCACAGGGGCUGCCCAGCAGCCUGGUGACAGCGACGGGCGUCGCCAUCGAAGUCAAUAACAUCAACAGCAGCGCCCCCCUGCCCCCCUCUGCAGGGGACCACAGCGUGCUGGGCGGGGCGCACGGCCCCCCCUCGCUGCACCCCUCCCCAGGCAGCGAGCCGGACCUCGCCUCGGACCCCCACGCUGAGGGGGGGCCAUCUGACAGCUACCCCGGGCUGGAGGCGCCCCCGAUCAGCACGGAGGAGGCCGUGGAGAGGCUGAAGGAGACGGAGAAGAUCAUCGCCGAGCUCAACGAGACCUGGGAGGAGAAGCUGAGGAAGACGGAGGAGAUCCGCAUGGACAGAGAGUCGCUGCUGGAGGAGAUGGGGGUGUCGAUUCGGGAGGACGGGGGCACUGUGGGGGUGUUCUCCCCUAAAGGGACCCCUCACCUGGUGAACCUCAAUGAAGACCCCUUGAUGUCGGAGUGCCUUCUCUAUUACAUUAAGGAGGGGGUGACACGGGUUGGUCAAGAAGACGUGGACAUUCGACUGAGCGGCCAGUUUAUAAAGGAGCAGCACUGCGUCUUCACAAGCAGCACCAAGGACAACGGGGAAGUGGAGGUCACUCUCGAGCCGUUUGAAGGAGCGGAGACUUACCUGAACGGGAAGCAGAUCUCUGAGCCGGUGAUACUGAAGCAAGGAAACCGCAUUGUGAUGGGAAAGAGCCACGUGUUCCGGUUCAAUCACCCGGAGCAGGCGAGGCUGGAGCGGGAGCGCAACGCCAGCCUGGAGCAGCAGGGGGAGCAGAAGGCAGACUGGAACUUCGCUCAGAAAGAGCUGCUGGAAGAGCAGGGCAUCGACAUCAAACUGGAGAUGGAGAAGAGACUGCAGGACUUUGAGAGCCAGUACCGCAAAGAGAAGGAGGAGGCAGACUUACUGCUGGAGCAACAGAGACUGUACGCAGAUUCAGACAGCGGGGACGACUCUGACAAGCGCUCGUGUGAGGAGAGCUGGCGUCUGAUCUCAACUCUGCGAGAGAAGCUCCCAGCCAACAAGGUCCAGAGCAUCGUGAAGCGCUGCGGGCUCCCCAGCAGUGGUAAGAAACGGGAACCGCGCCGGGUGUACCAGAUCCCUCAGCGGCGUCGGAUCACCAAGGACCCCAAGUGGGUGACCCUGGCCGACCUGAAGAUGCAGGCGGUCAAAGAGAUCUGCUACGAGGUGGCCCUCAACGACUUCCGCCACUCGCGCCAGGAGAUCGAAGCCCUGGCCAUCGUCAAGAUGAAGGAGCUAAGCCGAAUGUACGCCAAGAGAGACCCCCUGGAGAAGGAGACGUGGAGGGAGGUGGCCCAGGACGUGUGGGACACCGUGGGGAUUGGGGAGGAGAGGAUAGAGGAGGAGGAGGAGGAGGAGCGGGGGGGGAGGAAGGGGGAGGGCAAGGCAGACGUGAGCGGACUGAAGGCCCACAUAGACAAGCUGAGCGAUAUACUGCAGGAGGUGAAGCUGCAGAAUAACAUGAAGGACGAGGAGAUCAAGGCUUUGAGGGAUCGCAUGAUGAAGAUGAAGAGAGGGUCAUACCGUCCAUCAGCGCGCAGGAUGAGACAGGGCUGGAGGAGUACCUGCUGGAUGAUGAUGAUGUUGAUGAUGACGGAGGCUCUUCCUCUCCCCUCUUCGGGAGGGCGGGGGGAGGAGGGGGCAGUUCGGAGGACGGAGAAGGCACCAGCACGCGUGGCAGCGGCUCGCUGGAAGACCUCUCCAAACAGGAGCGCGUGACCCGGCUGAUGGAGGAGGACCCUGCGUUCCGGAGGGGGAGGCUGCGCUGGCUGAAACAGGAGCAGAGCCGCAUCCAGAACCUGCAGCUGCAGCAGAUCAGCAAGCGCCUGCGCAACAGCGCCCCCUGUGG